GGCGUCUUCCCCUUCCUUUCGCUCCCUUUCCUCCUCUCUUCCGCUUACUUUCUUCCUCUCGCACGCCAAUCACUCGACCAAACGCGGAGGUAGCGACGGGAGCUUUCUGGCAGCAUCAACUGGAUUGAGGCAGCGUGAAACCCUCGUCUUUCCCCCCUUUGCUCCCACCCGAAACCCUAGAGGAAAACGAAGAGAGGAAUUCGGACGGGUGUUUGCUGGCGAAGUUAAAAUUUGUAAACCCCCAAUGAAAGGUUGGUAGAGCCGUUGGAGCUAUUGAAGCGGACCAGGUGUUCGUCACUAAUAGGCAACAUGGAUGCCGCUGCGAAUGGAAUUGUCAGUGAAAGGUGCCGGCGAUGGGGCUGGGUGGCGGCUGCUCUGUUUGCAGUCCUCCUGGCUACGACAGUGAUUCCAAGGCAAACCUUCUUUAGAAAUUCAAAGAAGGCCUGCGAGUUAGUGGACUCUAGAAAGUAUAAGGGCAUCGUGGAAGACUGUGCUUGUGGUUAUGAAAUUGUGGAUUCUCUCAACGAGAAGGUGUUGCAUCCCAUUCUACAGGAGCUAGUCGCCACACCCUUCUUCCGGUAUUUCAAGGUUAAAUUGUGGUGUGAUUGCCCAUUUUGGCCUGAUGAUGGGAUGUGUCGUCUUCGUGAUUGUAGUGUUUGCGAGUGUCCUGAUAAUGAGUUCCCAGAGCCAUUCAAGCAGCCCUUUGUAGGGCUUUCAACCGAUGAUCUCAUUUGUCAGGAGGGGAAACCAGAAGCUGUUGUGGACCGCUCACUUGAUCGAAAAGCUUUUAGAGGGUGGGUCGAGAUUGACAAUCCAUGGACAAAUGAUAAUGAAACAGAUAAUGCUGAGAUGACAUAUGUGAACCUCCAGCUAAACCCUGAACGCUACACCGGUUAUGUAGGCCCGGCAGCUAGAAGGAUAUGGGAUGCUAUUUACACUGAAAACUGCCCAAAAUAUUCUUCUGGAGAAAUUUGCCCAGAGAAAAGAAUUUUGCUUAAGUUGAUUUCUGGAUUACAUGCUUCGAUAUCCGUGCACAUUGCUUCUGAUUAUCUCCUUGAUGAAGCUACAAAUAUGUGGGGCCAAAAUUUGGAGCUGUUGUAUGAUCGAGUUUUGAGAUACCCAGAUCGUGUCAGAAACUUGUAUUUUACAUUUUUGUUUGUUCUUCGUGCUGUAACUAAGGCUGCAGAUUAUUUAGAACAAGCAGAGUAUAGCACAGGCAAUCCGGAUGAAGACUUGAAAACUCGGUCUCUAGUUAGGCAAAUUGUUUACAAUCCAGAGCUACGGGCCGCUUGCCCAGUGCCUUAUGAUGAAGCCAAGUUAUGGCAAAAUGAAAGUGGUCCUGAACUAAUGCAGCAAAUUCAGAAGCAAUUCAGAAACAUCAGUGCACUGAUGGAUUGUGUUGGAUGUGAGAAAUGCCGCUUAUGGGGAAAGCUUCAAGUUCUUGGUCUUGGAACAGCAUUGAAGAUCCUUUUCUCUGUUAAUGGCCAGAACCAUGCAAAUCAGCCGCUGCAGCUGCAACGGAAUGAAGUCAUUGCAUUAGUGAAUCUUCUGAACAGAUUGUCAGAGUCUGUUAAUUUUGUACAUCAGAUGGGUCCAGCUGCUGAGAACAUAAUGGAAAGAAGAUCUUCCUCACCAGCUAGGAAGGUUCCCUUAUAGCAAAUUGAAGAACUGAAAAACAUAUACUUAUGAUGCAGAUUAAUACCGGGAGUUUCAUCUGUAGCUGCUUGCCUGCUUGAAGAGUGUGAAAUUGUUUCCAGAGGUUAACCCCCAUAAGCCAAGUAAUGCUGAAGAGGUGAGGAAGAAUGCAACUUAGGGGGGCAUUUACAUACAUGCCACACAAAUCUUUUGUAUUUGCAUAUUUAACACCUAAACUUUCAUA